AUGGCCUGGUUUGGGCGAACGAAUUCCAAUGUGUCAAUCGAAGACAAGAUCAGCGAAGCGGCUUCGGAGUCCAUUCCUAACGGUGAGAUCGAUCUUGCCGGAGCACUUGAGAUCAGUGACCUGAUCCGUUCGAAGCAGGUGACAUCCAAAGAUGCAAUGCGUGCUCUCAAGAGGCGUUUCAUGAGCACCAAGAACCCAAAUCUUCAAAAGUCGGCAUUGAAGCUUAUUGACUUCUGCAUCAAAAACGGUGGAGAGCACUUUCUGUCUGAUAUAUCAUCUAAGGAGUUCAUAGAUCCAAUCGUUUCCACGCUACAUGAUAAAAAUCUGAAUCACACGGUGAAGGAAUAUUUGCUACAACUAAUUCAGUCGUGGUCGAUCAUGUUCAGCACUAACCCGAAAUUGGGCUACGUUAAUCAAGUAUACAACAAGCUUCAGAAAGAGGGAUUUCACUUUCCGAUGAUUACAGACUCGAUAGAGAGUACAUUGAUAGAAUCCAAGGUUGCCCCCGAGUGGGAAGAUUCUGACGCUUGCAUGCUGUGUUCUACGCUCUUUACCUUUUUGAACAGAAAACAUCACUGUCGUUCGUGUGGCGGAGUCUUUUGUGGUACACAUUCCUCAAACACCUGUGAAUUACCGGAACUUGGAAUAACCAUACCAGUCCGGGUUUGCGAUACAUGCUACCAGGAGCACAAAGGCAAGUCAAAACAGUCGAAAAAGAGAUCCAAGAAAGAUACGCCUGCAGGGGACGAAGAUGAAGAUCUGAAACGCGCCAUUGAGCUCUCUUUGAAAGAGUCUGGCGUUCCCAUUAACGCUUCCGUUUCUUCAAAACCAGCGCCACAAGCUGCUCAGACAGAGGAAGACGACGAGGAAAUGAAGGCUGCCAUUGCGGCUAGUCUUGCCGAUUUCCAAAAGCAGGAAGCAGCGAAAUCUCCACCUGUGUCACAAUCAGAGAUAGCACCUCAGCCAAGUGGACUUUACUCAAACCUGCUUCCUGAGAGCCAAACCGCAAAUUCAUUGUAUACACCAAGCUACAGCCCUGCCCCCGCAGCUCCACAACCACCGCCGCAAACCUUUUCUCCUCGGCCAGUACCGCAAAUCGACUACAACAGCAUUACUGGCGUUGAAGAUCAGAAUAUUGUCCUAUUUGCCCAGCUUGUUCAGAACCUGAAAGCCGCUCCUGUCGAGAAGAAACUCAAUGUUGCCAACGAUCAGGCCCUAAAGCACUUGUUUGUUAGCAUAAACCAAAUCAGACCCAAGCUUGAGUUCCAGCUGAAAAAGGAAGUGUCGAAUCUGGAAAAGUAUCAGGACUUGUACUCGAAAACUUUCGCGGUGACUAAAAUUUACGACGAAAUACUACAGCUUAGACUUGCCCAAUCACAGCAGAUGUACCGGCAGCGCCCUCAACAGGCAUACUUUGCACCUCCACCACCGCCAGCAGUGUCGCAGUAUACUGCUUCUCAGGUUCCUGGUCCUGUUUCUCAGCAAAACUCCGGCUCCUAUAACGUCCAGUAUGCUCCGCUGCCACGCCUGGACACUGUCUCCCAGCAGCCUGUCCCGUCAUCUCCCUCCCAGUUUUAUCCAGCAUCGCCUGCUGUGCCCGAUCAAAUAUCUCCCGUGGCCUCGUACACGGAGAUUCCAAAGCAAGAGCCCGAAAAACCCAAAGUUCAGGAACCUGUCAACCUCAUCGAUUUGUAG